AUGAGCACGGCACGCACCGGGUCUGCUCUGUACUCUAUCAGACUGUUGCUGCUUCACGCCCUGCUCAGCUCCCUAACUGUUCAUUGCCUUGGUGCUGAAAAGGAGUCCCUUAACCUCGGUGGCACCAAUGAGAAGGUAGCCAAGGGCAGAUGGGCCUGAUCCCUCAGCAGCCCGCCCCAGCCCUGCGAUUGUAUGCUCUCCGCCUGGUCGUCAUGGAGCAAAUGUGAUCCCUGCCAAAGAAAAAGGUACAGAUUUGCCCGCCUGGAACAACCUUCUCAGUUCAAUGGAGAUCCCUGUGACUACUCUGACAAAGAAACCGAAGACUGUGUUACAAAUAAUCCCUGCAGGAAUAAAGUUAGAUGUGAAGGUUUUGUGUGUGCAGUUACAGGGAGAUGCAUUGCACGGAGGCUGCUUUGUAAUGGGGACGAUGACUGUGGGGACUGGUCAGAUGAAAAAAACUGCAAAAAAGGGUUUAAAAAAUGUGACCAGAAGAUGGAGCAAUACUGGGGAAUAGAGAAUCUGGCAAAAGGGUUAAAUAUCUUCACAAACAACUUGGAAGGAUUAGUUCUCGAUCACAGGUACUAUGCUGGGGGAUGUUCUCCUCAUUAUAUUGCAGACACGAGAUUCAGAAAGCCAUACAAUGUAGAAAGCUAUACACCAGAGACCAAAGGCAAAUAUGAAUUUGCAGUGACGGAAUAUGACUCCUACUCAAAUUAUGAAAGCACUGUCCUGAAGGAAAAAACUUCGCAGUCGAGCUUCAGCUUUGGUAUAAAAAUACCAAGAGUAUUUGAACUGGGUUACAGUUCAAAUGACAAGAGGUUCAAGAAGUUCAUCCAAAGGAUGAAAAGAUUUUCUUCAACUUCCAGCAAAUUCAUUCAUGCCCGUUCUGAGCUGGCUGUUGCUGUUUAUAAGCUGAAGCCCCAAGCCCUGAUGCUGCAUUACGAGUUUUUGCAGAGACUAUGUCAACUUCCAUCAGAGUACACCUACGGGGAGUACAGAGAGCUCUACAGAGAUUACGGGACCCACUACAUCACAGAGGCUACUGUCGGUGGCAUCUAUGAAUAUACUUUAGUCUUAAACAGCAAUGAGCUCCAAAAGGCAGGUUAUUCUUUGAGUGAUGUCCAGAAAUGUGCACAGCAUGGCUUUAGUAUUGGUGCGAGAAUUAAACAAGUCUAUCUAAGGUUUGGAAUAACUGAAGCUGCCUGUAAAUCCCUUUUAAAAGAGGUUGGAGACAGCACCUCCAAAAAGCAGUAUGUGGAAGAUUUCAUUGUCCUUGUUCGCGGCGGAACAAGUGAACACGUGACUACGUUGGCUUACAGAGACCUGCCCACGGCUGCACUCAUGCAGGAGUGGGGAAAUGCUGUACAAUACAACCCUGAAAUCAUCAAGCUGAAGGCAGAGCCACUGUAUCAGCUGGUGACUCCAACUGACUUUGCUAAUGCAAUCACAAUAAAAGACAACCUGCGACGGGCUCUUGAUGAGUUUCAGCUGGAGACCAGUUCUUGCCGCUGUGCUCCCUGCCAUGGCAAUGGGAUCCCCUUUUUGCAAGGAACUGAAUGUGAAUGUUUAUGUCCCCUUGGCUACCAUGGCACUGCCUGUGAGAUCAGCAAGAGCCCAGAUGCUGCUAUUAAUGGAAACUGGGGUUGCUGGAGCAGCUGGUCUCCAUGUUCAGGAGGCCAGCGAACACGGAGACGACAGUGCAACAACCCUGCCAUGGAAAAUGGUGGUUCAUCAUGCUCUGGGCCAGAUGCUGAGACAGCUGCUUGCUAG